CCACGGGCUAGCUGCCGGGCCAAUGCAACGGGACGGGCCGCCCCGCGCCCCCGCCCCCAUCCCGGGGCCCCGCCUUCCCGGCCCCGGAGGUGUUGGUAGUGUUGGCGGCGGCGGUGGCGGUGCUGGCGGCGGUGGCGGCUCUACAGCCCCAGCAGCCCCCGUCCUCCCGGGAACUACAAGUCCCAGGGGUCCCGGCGGUGGCCGCAGGGCGGAAGAGGCGGGGCCGGCACCUCGGGGCCGGAAGUGGCCUGGGAGGCGGAAGUGGCGGGGCCGAGGAGGGGGCUGGAGCGUGGGGGGCGCGGCGGCGGCGGCAGCGGUAGCGGCGGCGGCGGCGGCGGCGGCGGCGGCUGCAGCAGGACCUGGGCCAGGGGCAGCGGGGGCCGCCAGUGGGGCGGCGGGAGGCACGGGCGAGGCCGCCAUGGCCAAGCAGUAUGACACGGUGGAAUGCCCCUUCUGCGAUGAAGUGUCCAAGUACGAGAAGCUGGCCAAGAUCGGCCAGGGCACCUUCGGUGAAGUCUUCAAGGCCAAACACCGACAGACUGGCAAGAAGGUGGCCCUGAAGAAAGUGCUGAUGGAAAAUGAAAAGGAGGGGUUUCCCAUCACAGCCUUAAGGGAAAUCAAGAUUCUCCAGCUUCUCAAACAUGAGAAUGUGGUCAACCUAAUUGAGAUCUGUAGGACCAAAGCCUCUCCCUACAACCGCUGUAAAGGUAGCAUCUACCUGGUGUUUGAUUUCUGUGAACACGACCUUGCUGGGCUGCUGAGCAAUGCCCAUGUCAAGUUUACUCUGUCGGAGAUCAAGAAGGUGAUGCAAAUGCUGCUUAAUGGUCUCUACUACAUCCAUCGGAACAAGAUUUUGCAUCGAGACAUGAAAGCUGCUAAUGUGCUCAUCACUCGGGAUGGGGUCCUGAAGUUGGCUGACUUUGGUUUGGCCCGGGCUUUCAGUCUGGCCAAGAACAGCCAGCCAAACCGCUACACUAACAGAGUGGUGACCCUCUGGUACCGGCCCCCAGAGCUGCUGCUUGGAGAGCGUGACUAUGGCCCCCCAAUAGACCUUUGGGGUGGAGGCUGCAUCAUGGCAGAGAUGUGGACCCGUAGCCCUAUUAUGCAGGGCAACACAGAGCAGCACCAGCUGACCCUCAUCAGUCAGCUCUGUGGCUCCAUUACCCCAGAGGUGUGGCCUAAUGUGGAUAAAUAUGAGCUGUAUGAGAAACUGGACCUGCCUAAAGGACAGAAACGGAAGGUAAAAGAGCGGCUCAAAGCCUACGUCAAGGACCCUUAUGCACUGGACCUGAUUGACAAGUUGCUGGUACUGGACCCCACCCAGCGUAUUGACAGUGACGAUGCUCUCAACCAUGACUUCUUCUGGUCAGACCCCAUGCCCUCAGACCUCAAGAAUAUGCUUUCCACUCACAGCACUUCCAUGUUUGAGUACCUGGCCCCACCCCGACGGAGAGGUGGUGGGCACAUGCCCCAACAGCCAGCCAAUCAGAGCCGCAACCCAGCAGCCACUAAUCAGACAGAGUUUGACCGAGUAUUCUAACGUGACACAGAAGAUUGGUCCUUUUUUAGUUUUUGGGUUUUUUUAUAUAUAUGUAUAUAUACAUGUGACUAUUAUGUUGCUGAGAUUAUGGGGCAUUUUUAAUCAUUUCCCAUUGCACAUAUAUAUUUUUUUAAACUUUUGCUGUAGGCAUCAGGGAUCCUAGCUAGCAUUUAGCCUGGACUAGAAUGGCAAGCUAGCUAGUAGGGAUGGAGCUUGACUGAUACAUUGCAACAUUUGCCUACUCCAUCCCCAGGACCCACAUUUCUUGGUGCUGUCUUCCCCUCUGAAGAGAUUUCCUUUUCUGAGGGGAGUAGGCACAGAGCAUCCCCAGGCCUUCCUCUUUCUGGGUCGGCCUAGAAAUCCUGUAGGCUUCUCUUCCUUCCUCUGUUAGCCAGAAGGUUAGAUAAUUUUGGAUAGCCUUGGGGCCUCUGGUAUUAGAAAAAUCCCUGGCAGCUUCUCUGAGUCUUGCCAGUGGAGAGUGUUCCUGUUGAUUGAUGGGAAGAUCAGAAGAGCAGCCCUCUUUGAGUCCCAUGGUCUUCCCGACACCCUGCACUGAGUAUUCUGGGAGAUACGCUUCCAUGGAGUGAACCCCUGGGGAUCCAAAGGGAUCAGGUGGGUCUGGUACCUCCUUGAUCCCACUGCAGCUUGGAGGGCAGAAGAGCAACUUUGGUUUUCUUUUCAGAAGAAUUGUAUCAUGUUAACCUCCAUUUGAUUUUUGCUUGGCAACACUGGUUAUAAUUAAAAGUUGCUUUUCUUA